AUGCCAUGGGAGCGACUCGUUCGGGCCUGCCCCACAGAUCGGCCCAGCUACACGAAUCAGCGGGAAACUGGACUUUGGCAAACUUUAUUAGCUCCACUGCUUUCUGCCAUAGACAAGCUGGAGCUCUCUUCCGUUCUUAGUCUUCUAAACCGGCUUUCUAGAAGGACGCGUUGUUGUGACCUUUCCGAAUUUCCUCUAUUCUAUAACCUACGUUACUUUGUAUAG